AUGGUCAACAAUCAAUCUAAUCAAAUCACCCCAAACUUUACUGGCUGGCGAUUUACUGGGUCUAAAAAUGAUUCAAGAAGUACAAAUGUCCCAAAUCAGACCGGAAAAGAGCACACAAAUCAAAGUCAACUGAUAUUGGAUCUGUCAUAUCCGACCAACUGCGUCCAAAAGGUUCCUCCUAAGCUCAGUCUUUUAGCAGAACGAAAUCCAUUCGAAACCAGUUUCUCUCAAGUACUGUCCCCAACAUCCAGACAACCAUGGCAAUUCUCAGGUCGAUUAAACAAAAAGACAGAAGCUGAGAAACAAACUCUCAAAAGACAACUUGCACCUACAGAACCAAGGCCGGACCUUUCGGAACUAAUGAAGCAUAGUCAAACGAUCACAAAACCAGGAUCACAAUCACAAUCACAAUCACAAUCACAAUCACAGCCACAGCCACAGCCACAGAGAAAACGCUAUCGAAAAUCUCAAACGCCUGCCUACGACCCAAAAUACGAACUAACACAAGAGCCAACACCAUCUCCAACCUGUCCAAAACAGGCACUUUCAUCAAAACAGCCAAUUGAUCCCUCUGAAAAAGAAAAGCGAGCCUCAUUCUUGGAAAGAAAUCGACAAGCUGCUCUAAAAUGUCGACAACGGAAGAAGCAGUGGUUAAAUAGCUUACAAGACAAAGUAGAAUUUCUUUCAGAGGACAACCGACAACUACAAUUAGAAACAGCUCGGCUCAAAGAAGAAGUAAUGUACCUCAAAGAGCUAUUGGCUUUUCACAACUGUCAACCUUCAAUAGAAUAA